AUGAACAAAAUUCGGAGUCACAGAUCAACAAUAUUUGAUUUGAAGGAUGUUUACAUUCAUGUCACGUUGUUUAUUGAUGACUUUAAGAUUGCGAUAGUAAUAUUUACUGGUAAGUUUUUCGGUGGAAAGAAAAAAGAAAAGUAUAAUUCAGAUAUAUUAUUGUGCCAUCAUAGUCAGAGCGUUGCAUCAAAAAGUAAAGAGAUAAAGACUUCUCACGACGUCUUCUGCAAAACACUGAUAAGCAGAUUAUUUUUCUCAAACUUGUAUGGGAAAUGGUUAUGCGAGUUAUUAAUGACAACGCUCUGA